AUGGUCGCGGAGACAGUAUGGACUGAUGCGAUGGCAGUCCACGAAAAUGAGCUGGUCAAAUGCGAUGACUGCCCAAGCCGCCCUGCCACCAGUAGAGGUUGGCGUAGCAAACAGAGCAGAAGACGCCUCAUCACGCAAACCUCCUGUCUACCGUUUGGCAGCUUCUGGCGAAACCGUCAGUUCACUUCGCCCAACCUCUCGGCUGACGAUGAGGACCUGAAGAGGGAGGAUGGAGAGGCCAAUGCAGAGGCGGAUGGACGGAGAGAUCUGCCUCUGCGAUCUCUCCUAAAAAUGGGUCAAACCACCAUGCUUUCUCCCCUAAGCGAUACGGCGCAGGCUUCUUGGACAAUAAUGACACUGACGCUUCCGCUGCGCGCUAUCCGCCGACGCAUUCGACGUUACUCUCUGGACAGAGGGGAGGGGGCGUCAGUAACGAAACAGCUAUCUCAGACAACCAUUCCCAGUCGGCCAGCCCUGGGUCUGCUGUUGGCCGAUAGUGCCCAAAGUGGAUCCAUCGAGGACUUUGAGUACCAAGGACAGCAGAGGAGGACUGAUAGAGACGACGAAGACGACAAGGACGAUGAGACUGAUAUUGACCUGAUUGACGAGUUUAGCUGA